UCUCUCAGAAAGAUCUGAAUUUGAACCACACACAGCCUCUAUUUUUAACACAAAAAGAAACCCACACAAAUUCGAAUGGAAAUCUGGAAAAGAUACACGUAGACUUGUCGCCUACCACAACACUUUCUGCUGACGUGUACCCAACAUUCCCAUUCAUUUCCCCCAAUCAAACCCUAAUUCAAUCUCUAUACAUACACACACAUUAUUCACCUACUCAUUCUCAAUUCUGCAUCAAUUCAUACACAAAUUAAGAUCUAGAGACAGAGAGGGGAGUGUUAAUUGAUUGAUACCUCGAUCGCGCGAUUUGAACUGGUGAUGGAGAAGAAUCAGGUAAUUGCGGCGAAGGAAGGUGGAUCGGAAUCGAAAUUAGGGCACGAGAAGCGGAGAGAGGUGAUUGCGGCGGAGAGCGGGCGGGAGAGGCUGAAGAGGCACCGGGGGGAGGUGGCGGGGAGGGUGCGGGUGCCGGAGACGUGGGGGAAGGAGGAUUUCCUCAAGGACUGGGUCGAUUCCACGGUGUUCGAUGCUGCGGUGAGGAGCGGCGGGAUUACGACGGCGAGGGCGGCGCUGAUGGAGGAAGGGAGGAGAGCUGCCGCCGGCGGCGGAUACAGGAUACAGCAGAAGAGCUGUUGAUGAUGAGUUUUCUAGGUUCAUAUUUUUACUAUUGCUGAAACUUUUAUUAUUACUAUUAUUAUUAUUAUUAUUAUUACUAUUAUCUAUGUAUGUGUAGUGAUAUUCCUCACAUUUUUAUGAGGAUUCAUAUUCAAAGCAUACAUUUCAUUGUAAAAUAAUUUAACAAAUUUUUAAAAAAUAUAUGUUUUUGUCA